GAGUACUCUUCAAGCCGGUCCAGGAUCGAGUACACACCUUCGACGUCUCUUCAGAGUCUCUUGGCGCCCUUCUGCGUGAUGUGGAUCCUUGAGGAACCCUAUUCGGUGACUGUAGGCUAUGCGGGCGCCAUCCUAGCAGUCCUCUCAGUCGUUCUCAUCAGGCUGUACCUUUCGUUCUCCUGCGGCGCAUGUACCUCCAAGAAGGACAUGAACGGCAAGACUGUCAUCAUCACCGGGGCCAAUUCAGGGAUCGGAUUGGAGACGACCCUGGAUUUAGCUAAAAGAGGAGCGAGAGUAAUCAUGGCCUGUAGGAACAUGCUUGAAGCGGCCAAAGUCAGGAAUACAAUAGCAAGAGAAGCUAAAAAUGAUAACGUUGUCGUAAGAAAACUAGAUCUGAGUUCAGUUCAAUCAAUAAGAGAAUUUGCAGCUGAAAUAAAUUGGAGGGAACCGCGCUUGGAUGUAUUGAUACACAAUGCAGGAAUGGCAAAUACUUUUUCAAAAAAAGUUACUGAAGAUGGAUUUGAAGUAACUAUGAUGACCAAUAUGUUUGGUCCAUUUCUUCUGACACACCUUCUCAUAGAUUUAUUGAAAAAAUCUGCUCCUAGCAGGAUUGUCGUAGUUGCUUCAGAACUGUAUAGGCUUGCCAAUGUUAACAUGAAUAAGCCUAACCCUGUGAAUACACUACCAGCCUAUUUGUACUACGCCUCAAAGUAUGCAAACAUAUUAUUCACAAGAGAAUUAGCCCAGAGGUUACAAGGAACAGGUGUUAGUGCUAAUUGCUUACAUCCCGGCAUGAUAGAUUCUGGUAUUUGGAGAGAUGUACCAUUCCCCCUCAACAUACCAGUAAAAAUUAUAGCUAAAAUUUUCUUUAAGACACCUGAAGAAGGGGCUCAAACAACAAUCCAUUUAGCAGUCUCCGAUGAAGUAAACGAAGCCAACGGCAAAUAUUUCAUGGAUUGCAGGGAACACGGACUGUCAUCCGACGUAUCAGACAUGGGUAAGGCAGCCAAGUAUUGGGAAAUCCUUGAAGGCCUCAUACUGAAACCGUCUGAUCCUCGAAUAUAAACUAUAAACAUAACUAUUUGUAUUCAACACUUUUAUGUAAUUUUAAUUAAUGAUGUACAUAUUAAUAAUAAAGUUAGUUUUUAUAAAUA